CAGGCAUUGUUUUGACUUUGACGGGGAACUGUGCCCACAACUUCUUCCAUCAGCGUAACAACUGGAGGAUGUACUACUUUGACCUGACGCUUUUUUCUUCAUAUAAAUGGCGAAUUAGUCACGGAUUGUCACAUCAUCUGUAUACAAAUACCAUUUAUGAUUUUGAAGUGUCUGUUCUUGAGCCAUUUUGGGAAUUCUUGCCAAAACCAAAGAAGUCUUUUCUACAAAGAUAUGGUUCAUGUGUAUAUGAAUACCUCAUUUUACCAUUGACUGCGUUUUUAGAAUUUGGGAAGAGAUUAUACCUACAAUACUGUGGAACAGUCAAGUGGCGUCUGGAAAAUGUACUGCCUGUCCUUGAAUUUGUGGUCAUGGCAUUACUUGCACCAUCAUAUGGAAUGGCUUUCAGGUUGUGGUUGGUGUUACACAUGGCGUGCAGUACUUCAUUUAUAACCAUAGGAUUGAUAGCUGCACACCACCACCCAGAAAUCUAUCAUGAGGGUGAUACCAUGAGAGAUGAUCGAGACUGGGGGCUCUGCCAGCUGGAUGCAGUAAGAGACAGGUAUGCUAUGAAUUUGGUGAUUGAACAUUACAUUUUAUUUUACUGUACUUUAAUAAGACAAGGUUGUACUAGAGUAAGAUGUCAACUUAAAUGGUAUCCAUUUUAACCCCUGGGCUUCGAGCUAUGG